GUGUCAUGGUGGACAAGCAUACUGCUUUUACUGAUAUUCACAAACAAGUCUCAUCUGUUGGAUACAACAUUGUGGGAAAAGAAAAAAAAACUAAUUUUCCAGUUCCUUCUUUCCAAACUGCCGUAUUAUACUACGUGACAUUGACAGCGAGCCACCUAUAUAGUGUUCGUGAAGAAAACUCGCGAGAAGAAUCUUCUACAGCCUUUUGUAUCUUCAGACCGGUUUGCAAGACGCAGCGCAUCAGUGAGUUUAAUGGAGGUGCAUUCUGUCCCACGCAGCCCAUUUUACAGACUAUGAUAUUAGCCUUGCGCACGAAGCAUUCCUGGAGUCUAAGGCUGUUAAGAGUGUAUUUGUUUUCAUACGCACUCAAAACACGUUAUCUUAUAACAAAUUAGGUUCCAGGGUUGUGAAUCCUCUUCUUGGUGCUCAGCGUUGAAAUAUCAUACUUUGCAGUAAACAUAUCCGAUCACAUUUAUAACCUGCACGCUCGAAUUUGUAUAGACACGAAGCAUUCAUGGGAAAACGUGUAUUGCUUCAUAUUAAUAUAUAUUUAUUUGACUCAAAGUGUUGCACUAAUGGAGUUUUUACUGACGAUAUCUUCGCAAUUUGCCGGUGGUGGAUUCUUUACCGUGAUUAAAACAGCAGUAUGACUUCGGGUCACAGAAAUGCGCGUCUUUAAAGGCGACAUGUAAAAGGCAUUUAAAUACAGGUAUGAUAUUCAUUGCCUGCUCUCUCACUGCUGGCAGUAUCAUCAUGAAACUCUGCAAAGUGCGCAAUAGGUGCAGUUUGAUUUGCAGUAAUCGGCUUCAUACAACCAUGACGAAAUCUAAGGUUUUACGAGGCACUUCCAGUUGGUAUAUGCACAGUUGGGCUGCGGGUUGUUAUUGGUUGUCUUAUUGGGAGAGUCGCCACUGGCUAUUACUUUACAGUUCAUUUGACUGGUUCGUGCAGUUUUUCGUUUUUUUUCGCGAAUAGUAAACGGGUGCUAGAUGUCAAGAAACAUAAAAUUCAGAAACUGCGUGAUAUUUUCUUAUAUGUGAAAUACAUAUUUUGCUUCUGAAAACCAUAUUAUAAUUUGAUUAUAAAGACUUUAUUAGGACGGUCUCUUAUUUGGCCAAUAUAGUAGGCUAACAGUAUGUAUUCGCGUGUAUUGCUUUUAUUUUUAACUUUUCUGGUCUGCCAGUCGUUACCUUUUCGAGACGUGUACACAAACCACUGGGCUUUGCGGAUUUCUGGGGGACGUGAAGAAGCAGAUGAACUUGCCUCAAAAUAUGGAUAUAACAAUUUGGGUCAGAUAGGAGCCUUGAAGGACUAUUAUCAUUUUCAUCACAGCAAGGUCGUCAGAAGGUCAACCUUCACUGCAAGGGGCGAUCACACCUUUAUCCGCAUGGACCCAAAGGUCAACUGGAUUCAACAACAGGUGAUUAAGAAGCGAGUGAAGAGGGAUGCUGCAAGCGAUCAAGACGAUUUCACCUUUAAUGAUCCUAGGUGGUCCGACAUGUGGUACAUUCAAUGUGAAAAUGCGAGUCAGCAGUGCAGCUCAGAGAUGAAUAUUCUGGGAGCAUGGAGGAGAGGCUUCACAGGCAGGAACGUGGUGGUCACCAUCCUGGAUGACGGCAUUGAGAAGAAUCACCCUGACCUCGCUGCAAAUUAUGAUCCGCUGGCCAGUUAUGACAUCAAUGGGAACGACCGCGACCCCACACCACGCUAUGACCCCAGCAACGAGAACAAGCACGGCACCCGCUGCGCAGGCGAAGUGGCAGCCGUGGCCAACAACUCCCAUUGCGUUGUGGGCAUCGCGUACCACGCUCGGAUCGGAGGCGUUCGGAUGCUGGAUGGGGAUGUGACGGAUUUGGUGGAAGCCAAGUCUUUGGGAGUCAGGCCGAACCACAUUGACAUCUAUAGCGCCAGCUGGGGGCCAGAUGAUGAUGGGAAGACAGUGGACGGGCCCGGCCCUCUUACCAAGCACGCCUUCAGAGAGGCCAUCAAGAAGGGUCGUAAAGGGCGGGGCUCCAUAUUCGUAUGGGCAUCGGGCAACGGGGGCAGGGCAGGCGACCAUUGCUCCUGCGACGGCUACAUCAACAGCAUCUACACCAUCUCCGUCAGCAGCACCACAGAAUCCGGCACCAGGCCCUGGUACUUGGAGCCCUGCGCCUCUACGCUCACCUCUACCUACAGUAGCGGGGAGAGCUACCACGGGAAGAUUGUGACCACUGACCUACGACAGCGCUGCACGGAGGGGCACACCGGCACCUCAGCCUCCGCCCCCAUGUUGGCAGGGAUCAUUGCUUUGGCACUGGAGGCCAACCCGCUGCUCACCUGGAGAGACGUGCAGCACCUCCUGGUGAGGACAUCUCGUCCAGUCCGCUUGAAGGCCAAUGACUGGAAGACCAACGCUGCAGGCCACAGAGUGAGCCAUCUUUAUGGUUUCGGGCUGGUGAAUGCUGAGGCUUUGGUCCUGGAAGCUCAGACAUGGAGGAAUGUUCCCCCCCAGCACUUCUGCAUCGAGACCCCCGACAACACGACCAGGUACAUCCAUACUGGCCAGGUCCUGAACGUCAGCAUUAGCUCCACGGCCUGCAUGCAGCAGCCAAACCACCAAGUGCAGUACCUGGAGCAUGUGGUGGUAAAGGUCACAAUUCUGCACCCACGGCGAGGAGACCUGGACAUCAGCCUGGUGUCGCCGUCAGGAACGCGCUCGCAGCUGCUGGUCAAUCGGCAACAAGACUGGUCCAAAAACGGCUUCAGGAACUGGGAGUUCAUGACAGUCCACUGCUGGGGGGAGAAGGCAGAGGGCCUGUGGACGCUGGAAAUCAUAGACUCACCUUCACAGCAACGUACCACAAAGAGUCCGGGUAAACUGAUGGAAUGGACAUUGAUCCUUUUUGGAACCUCAGAGCACCCUUACCGCUCCGUCUCCUCGCUCCAAGUCAUACCGGAGACACCCAUCCCAGAGCAGCAGGGGGGGGACGAAGGGGAGGAUGAGUAUGACGGACCCUGCCACCCGGAGUGUGGGGAGAGCGGCUGCGACGGGCCCUCUGUCAACCACUGCCUCAACUACGUGCAUUUCAGCCUGGGCAGCCUGCGGACAGGCAGGACAUGCGUCAGCCACUGUCCUGUGGGCUACUACGAGGACAAAGCGGCUCGGAGAUGCAGACGCUGCAGGCAUGACUGCGAGCGCUGCCAGGGCGGGGCGCCUGACCACUGUCACUCCUGCCGCAGAGGACUCUACCUGCAGCCCGAGAGCCACAAAUGCGUGCUCAGCUGUCCCCUCAGUCAUUACGCCAACAACGUUCACAGGCAGUGUGAAAGAUGCCACGAUAACUGCAGGACGUGUUGGCAUGACUUUGACACGUGUACAAGCUGCAAGUGGGGUUACAGUCUGUCACGUACCACCUGUGUGCUUCAUUGUGAUGAUGGGACCUUCUUAAACCCAGAGAUGAAAUGUGAUUCUUGUCACCAGUCCUGUUCCACCUGCAAAGGACCAGGAAAAGAAGACUGUAUUCAGUGCCCCCCAGGAUUCCUGAAGGAGGAGUCGCUGUGUGUGUCUUCGUGCAGCCCAGGCUACUACUCUCAGACCACCGCUACAGGUUCAAUGAUGUGCAAAAAGUGUCAGGAGCAGUGCCUGAGCUGCAGCUCACCUGGGAUUGCCUGUUCCAGGUGCAAAGAGGGCUACAGCCUCCUGGGUGGAAUCUGCAUUAUCAGUAACAUCUGUAGCAAUGCGGACGAGGUCUUCUGCGAGAUGGUGAGGUCUAACAGACUUUGUGAGAAGAAGCCCUUCCGGCAAUUCUGUUGUAAGACGUGCCACAUGGGCUGAGGAAGAGGAGGAACUCCACGUCACACGCCAGCUCCAUAGCCUGUUGUACGUUUUCUCCACCGUUAGACUUUGAUGAAUCGUGCUGUGUGCUACCACAUUUGCAUAAUCACAGGAGUCACACCUUCAUGUCACAUGAUCACAGUGUGACUGAUAAUGAUACUCACACAUCAAGGUUUUCACAAAACCAGCACGUCAGGUGAACCCGUUCACGGGGCUUUACGCAAUCUAAGGUACUGGGUGGACUGACGAACUGAUUUUUUGAUUUUACAAUCAAUUAUUAAUUCUUAAGAAGAAAACAUUGGAAUUGUUUGCAGUUUUUUUUGUAAGAAAAAGCCAAACUCAUCAAAGAUCACAUUCAGUAGUUUAGAUGUAUUCUUGUACAUUUAGUGGGAUUGUAGGGUUACGAGUUUCUGAAACUAUCCAUCACAUUUAUUAUGCUUUUGAUUUCUUUACAUGUUCUCAAGACCAAAUAAAAAAAAAAGUAAAACAUUUUUUUCCCGAGAUUUUCUUACUCUCGCAGGAGCAUGCACAUACACUGUGGCUUAGAAUUGAGGACACACUUACUUUGAACCUAUUUUUUUUAAUUGAAAUGUUUUUUUUUAAUCGACCAGUCAUUUAGCCUGAUUGAUGUCAUUCGAAUUCUGCCUAAUGGUAAUAUUUUUUAUUAUACUAAUGUAUUCCUAUAUACUAUUGUGAUAUAUAAUUAUGUAAUUAUCCAAAUCGUUCACGUGCAUUUUGGAUUGUAACAUUUAUUUCUAAAUGUAUAAUAAAUUUCAAAAGUUUCACUUUGUUA